AUGAACAACGUGUUGAACGUGAUAUCAGAUGAGCCGUGUCAAGAAGUCAUGACACUUGGCGACGACCCUACACCUGAGGCUGAGGCUGAGGCUAGCCAAACCAGAUCAGUGUUAGAAGUCAAUGUACAUGACCUCACUGCUACGCGGUCAGCGAUAGAUGCGUGCCUAAAACGACAUAUCGCUGAGCGACAUGAAGCGCAUGCCUACCUAAACUGGUCCAAGAUGCGGCGUCAGAGGACAUGGCAAGAACAAGAGCUCCGUGCUCAGCAACGCAAACAGAAGCGCCCCGUUCAGUCGACUUUGCCAGAGAAAUACAUUCAAUAUACCUCUCCUUUUGCAGACAUGCGCGUAAUCCAAUCACCCUUUGAUCGGAACUCCACUGCCAAGGAUCUGCCUGAUAUGGUUCAAGAGGUGUUUAUCAAAGCCAAACCAAAGGAUACAGUAAACCGAUCUGUAUUAUCUGCACCUACAACAAAGUACCAGUCUGAAGCUGUUUUUAUACCCCCUUUCAAGGAGUAUGUCGGCUUACGAGAAAACUUUCUAGCCGACAACGAGUCAAAGUUGCUUGCGACACCAUACUUUCAGGACGAGGAUUGGAAGAGCCGAAAGGCGCUUUUGAAUACUCUCCCAUACCUAUACGAGUUAACCCACGAUGAGAGAGGACCGCUCGACUUACGCAAGGAGCAGAGUCGGUUCUAUCAAGAUCCAAUCGAAGCUUUCCUGGCUGAGAUUGGCAUAUCCUGGAAUGAGGUUUUGUACUGGCUACUGGCACCCGACAAAAUCAUCAAGCGAAUCAAUGCUGGCAUGCCCGGAAGCGAGAAAUUCUCGGCCAUGGUGCUUCAGAGGUCGGGUUAUGACGUUGAAGAAUUUGAGCGGGAUGAGGGGAUGAAGAAAGCUGUUCUGUUUAAACGCAGUGCCGAGAAAUGGCGCAAGUUUCUCUCGCAGCUCGAGCAACCCUGUGCAGCAAGAUUGAGGCUUACAGCUACCGCCUGCGCCGCUGUGCUACACGAAUGCGAAUUCAAUAUCUGGUACUUGGCUCAACAGUCCAGUUUUGUGCAAAACUAUGUACUGAGAAAGACUUCGAGUGGCACAAACCCAGCCCGGUCUACGUACAGACAGAUCGUGUGCAGAGUGUGCCAUCAACACGAUUGCCUCCUUCAUGGCGAGCUUAGACAGAUGCCUGAAGACUCGUGGAUGUCCGAAUCCGAGGCAAAAGACGAAGCCCUCCAAAGCUACCGUCGUAGCUCGGACUCAGGCUCAGGCUCAAGCUCGGACUCAGACUUGGACUCAGACUCAGACUCAAUCCCUCUACCCGCGCAUUAUAAUGACGACGACACAGAUAUUGAGAAAGUGAUCAACUACAAAUUGCCUGCUAAUCCAGAGGCCUUCAAUGUCUGUUCUGAGUCGGAAAUGAUUGCUUGCAAGGGCGCAAAGCCUCCACCAGGAAAGUUCAAUUCCAACUGGUGGCUACAGCGAGACAUGACACAGCAUUGGGAGAAGAGAAAACCGUUCUUCCCCUGCAAUCACGAAGGUAGCUGUGAUGCUGCUAAAUGUCGAUGCUACAGAGAGGGCAUCACCUGCGAGAAGACUUGCAAGUGCCCUCCGUCAUGCAAUCGACGCUUCCCCGGCUGCACCUGCACCAUGACUCCAGGAAAGCGAAUUUGCGAUUCGGACAAGUGCCUGUGCCUCAAAUUCAACAGAGAGUGUGAUGCGGAUUUGUGUGGAUCUUGUGGUGCAACUGAGAUUCUCGAUCCCGUCAACCGAUACAAUGAAGACGUGGUCGCUCGCAACUGUUUCAACGUUGCCAUCCAGAGAUGUGUUCCUCGCAAGACGUUGCUUGGCCACUCCGAGGUACACGGCUUCGGGCUGUACAUGGGCGAGGAUAUUGAGAAAGGCGAGUACAUUGGCGAGUACACUGGCGAAUGCAUUUCAGUCGAGGAAGGCAAUCGCAGACUUACAAUCUAUGACUACCAGAAGACGAUGUAUCUAUUUCGUCUAAACUUGAAACAAGAAGUCGACGCUACGUACAUGGGCAACAAGUUGCGCUUCAUCAACAAUGCCGACGACAAACAUAUCAACUGCAUCCCAAGGAAUCUGCUCUGCAAUACCGUCUGCCGCAUAGCGCUGUUUGCCACGACUAAUAUCAAGGCCGGUACGGAAUUGUUCUUCAACUACAACUACCCCAAGGAGAAGACGGCGCAGUUCAAGCAGCCGAACGGCAAAGUCGUUGCAGUCAAAGAGCCCAAGCAAAAAGCCAAGAAAGCAAAUGCAAAACUCAACCUGAGUGUCGGAAGCCGCUCACGAGUCUUGGCAGCUACCGCCAAGGCCAGAGCUGCGAAAGCUGCAAAGCGGACGGCCAUUGUCGGAGAGUCUGGGCCCGAGGCUGCAACAAAUUCGUCAGGGUUCAAAGCACGCAAGUCGUCUUCCAGCGCACUCGUUCAGAAAAACACAGCAAGACUGCGAGGCAAUGGUGCUGCUAGGAACAAGUCGCCUGACUCCGAGUCUGAGUUUCAAGGGAGUGAGAGUGAGGCUGAAGACUUCAUGGUUGAUGCAUCGCAAGAGACUGCGGCAAGCCAGUAUGUCGAGGACACGGAUUCAGACGAAUACGUGCAUCGGUCAACACGAAAUCGCAAGCUUGUUCGAGGUUCUGGCAACAGUACGCGGCGCCGUGCGCCAGGCAGACCGCACACAAGAGCGUUUGGUCCUGCACCAAUAGUGGCGGCUGAGAAGAAGACAAGAAAGGGAAAGGUGGGUGGAGUACGUCCCCCUGCUGGCAGAAAGAGGAAGAGACCCGUUGUACUUAAUAGUGAUGAUGAGUAAAACCUCUAUGCCCUCACUGGGGGGAACGUGUUCAUCUGGAGGGGGUACAAGUGGAAGAAAG